AUCCUUACUAUCUCACCUGUCUGCUUAGGUCCUAAUCAAAGUCCCGACUGCUUUUAGUGGUUUUCGUGGUGAAAAAAAAAAAUGAAAAUCUUCCUGCUUGGCUGUGUUUUUAUCUUCGCGAUGCUGCAGCGGAGCGUCAAGCAGACGGCUGCAUCACCGGACACAGAGUUGAACUGUUGUGAAGGGGACAUUCUCCUGUUGCUGGACUCCUCAGGAAGCGUGACCACCUCUGAGUUCUCUCGCUUUUUGACCUUCGUGGCCAACCUCCUCCACCCGUUUACCCUGGGCCGGGGCCACGUCAGGGUGGCUCUGCUGCUGGUGGGCACCACUCCUCACCUGGAGUUCGGCCUGGGUGUCCACAGCAACCAGGAGAGUCUGCUGAGAGCCCUGCAGAGCGUCCACCAGCAGCAGGGAGACACCAACACAAAGGCCUCCGUAGAGCUGGCGCAGCGGCUGCUCCUGGAGGCAGACGGGGCCGUGCCCAAGGUGCUGCUGUGGCUGACGGACGGAGUCCAGCCUGGAGAUGUGGAGAAGGCCAUGUCUGAGCUGAAGGCUCGCGGAGUUUAUGUGUUAAUUGUUUAUACGAUUCAUGGCAACCACCAGGUGCUACAGCGCGUGGCGACGCCUCCGCUGGAGUCACACCUGUACUCUGUGGACAUGGAAAGCAUCGACAUCAUCACAGAAGACCUGAGGGAGGCCAUCAUCAAAAUCAUUCGUGCAGAACGACUGAGCGUGGUUCGCUUGACUUCCCAUAGUGCAGUGCUGCAGUGGCGUCCAGUUCUGGCUGGUGGCAGCGGUCACUAUGAACUGAGCCAUAAAGCUGUAGAUGAUCCCCUCUCUGAGAAAACUAGGGUUCUCCACAGCAGCUCCAACCGGGCAGAGCUGACCCAGCUGCAGCCCGACACGACGUACACGGCCUCCCUCCGGCCCGAGUCCAACCAGCGGCUGCACAGCACACAGACUGUGAAGUUCACCACACUUCCUGAUGUUUUAAGUCCAGCAGAGGUCACCUUGUCGGACCCUGGUCCCCGUCAGGUCCGUGUCAGCUGGGGCCCGCUGCAGCCGUCCCGGGUACAACGAUACACUCUGGAGUACGGAGCGAUUCCAAGCGGUCGUGUUCACACUGUGAAUGUAAGCAACCAGAAAAGCUCUGUGUUUCUGAGUAACCUGGAGCCAGGCACUCAGUACCUGAUCACAGUGAGCGCGCUGCACCUGGAUGGAAAGGAGAGAGCCAUGUCUGUGAGAGCCUGCACUCAGGAAGAAGCUCGCCCCGCCCUCACCGACCUCCGGCUGACCCUGACAGGUCGGCAGGAAGGGAAUGAGGUCCAAGCAUCCUGGCAGACCAACACAGAAGGACUGAAAGGUUACUGGGUCAGCUGGGAGAGAAAAGGUUCCCAAAACUCCCAGUUAGAACGCUCCCUCUCCACCGCUUAUCUCCCGCCUUUGCCUCCUUCAGUCCGACUCGCCCACGCCGCCCCGAACAGCCGGGUGUGUGUGUCUCCGGUCUACAGCUCGGGACGAGGAGAUGGGAUCUGCUGCACUGCCAAGACAAACGACGGGUAGACGGCCUGACAGGAUCCGUUCAUCUAAUUACUGCAAUUAUUUUCAUGCAGACUGAAAUAUUCGUAUUUCAGUCUGUGUGGAUAAAAACUGGGGAGUCAAACCGAGUAUCUUACAACUCUGCAGAUACAGCCUACUCUUUUAUUUUAUUUCCUGAGGUGUAUUUCAUUUGAGUACAGAAGAUUUAGAACAAAACUCAGUCAUGGAGAUACUUUAAUAUCAGUCCAAUCUGUCUCUUGUUUGCACCAUCACUCACUUCAUAUAAAGAAAUGAAUACCUGGAACAAACACAAACCUUAAACUUGUGACAUUUAAGUGUUUCAGCCAUGAUCUCCACUCCUUAAAUUUAUUUUGCUGCUCCAGUUUUCUUAGAA